CUACUUUCGAUUUGACAUCAACAAUCUUUGCGAGAUUAUGGGGGUGAAUACAACUAUGGCAAACUCAGUGCUUAAAACAAUGCAGCAAAUUCUGACGUGCUCAAUAUGCAUGGAUAUUUUUAAAGACCCCAGACUGUUAUCGUGUCAACACACGCUAUGUCAGAAAUGUUUGACAUCGUGUAUAAAGAAAACGAGGAAGAAAGGUCGGUCGAAAAGUAUGUUUCGCUGCCCGAUGUGCCGACAUGAGGUUAUGAUCGACAAAUUAGAUCCGUCUACAUACACGUUUACAAAGAAUAUGACUAUGCAACACUUCCUCGAUGAAUUCGAAGAGGACAUCAACGACGUUAUUGACAAUCAGAAUGAAACUCCAAAGAGGGAAUAUGGAACUCAGACAGAUGUGAAUGAACAUUUAGUGACAAGGAAUGCAGCAACACAAACAUUUCCGACGAAUUCCAAGCAAUUGUCUGGUAAUAAAUCAACGAAUGUUCUUUCCGUGAAUAACCCGUUGCCAUUUUUGGAAAUCGAUCCGUUUAAAGCUCUUGCGAAAAAGAUUUGGGCAAUUGUUAGCGCAGUGAUAAAAGUUUGCUGCCUCCCAUUUCGGCUACUGUUUUAUCUCCUGAAAAUGUUGUGUUUUGCACCAGCGUUAUUUUUGUUCCGGCUACUGCGGCUGCCUUUCGAUCUCCUGAAAUCAGGACUCGAAGGCAGUGGCAGAAAUUCUCAUCGAAAUGUCGGCGAAAUACAAGAUGGCAAUAAUGAAACUACUGCAAACAACGAAUUGCAAGAACUCCCUAAAAGAGUCAUUAUAAUCGGCAUCAUAUUAUAUUUCGUAUCAAGUACUUUGUUAUAUUUAUUGUUUCUUGCCUAUGCAUUUGGAAUGUUUUGUAUUUUAGUUCUAGGUCUUGCAUUUGUUCAGCAAACCCACAAACUACCAGUAAAGCGGAGAAGGGGGCGACUGAUGGCGUCCAAAGUUCGUUUACAGACACGAUUCGUAUAUUGAAUGUAUAGUGCAUAAUGGUUGAAGAUUUCCAUUGUUAACCUACAAUCGAUGUUUUUUGCCUCUUCCUUAUCGACACUUUUAGCUUACGCUCUAUAAGUUUUUAUAACCAGAAAUAUCAGAUAAGCAUAAAAUUGAUAGAUAAAAUAACACAGCUAUUGAUGGUAGAAUAUGUAUGCGCUGCGAUCAUGUUGGUGGUGAUUUUUCACUAGUAACACCUUUGCAAAUGACAUAAGGCAUCCAUUUAUUAACAGAUGUUGAUAAAACAGGGCUUUUAUUCAUGAAGUGAAAUACUAAAAGGCGAAGCAAUGAACCAAUUUACAAACUAAGAAUCCUCUCUCAUAAAAUAAUAACCGCUUUCAUUGAACAAUGGUAUUAAGACACAAUCUCUUGCUAUUUAGAUUGUGUAUCAAAAUUUUCCAAUUUAGUUCCAUCGCUAAAAGAUAAUUACAUAUCAAUCAUAAUACAUUAUUGAUUGAAAGCGCAUUUAAGAAUUUGUGUUUCGUUUUCGGCAAGUUAUUUAACUAUGUGCGACGAUAAAAUCAACAAUUGUUACUUUAAAUUUGUUUUCAUAGGCUUCGACUCUUACAAAGAAUAGAAUGAACAUUGCAAUAAACGGAUUUUUACCACAAUAUAGUUACUCUCUUGUGUCAAAGUCCGAUACAAGUAUCUAUAAUGUUGUAUUGAACCACAGGUGAAAUGUGCGGUCGUAUUCAAUAUUCAACUUAAGUUAAUCUUUUGGUCUUACAUCAUUGACUUCAUUCACUCUAGUGCUCAAUUAUUAAUAACAAGUAAUCCGAUUUCUAUAUCUUACUUAGAUCCAAUUAGGACCAUUAUUGAAUACCAACAUUGGUCUGUAUCUGGCGAAGCUAGUCGAUAAUACCAUCACAUAAUUUGUUAUUUUAUGUACGUCUUUAAGAAUUUCCUUACAACAGGACAAUACUUUAUGUACAAUCAAAACAAUGAAAUGUAUAACUUAAAGUUAUUUUUCCAUAUAAAAUGAAUAAUACAUAUAUACAUUAGUACAUGUAUGUAUCUGUUCGAUAUUUAAAAUGAUACUUUUAAUCACGGUUCGUACUUUUAUGCUACAGUCAAAUCAAUCAUGUUCGAUAUAUAAAUGUAUUUUGAAUUGCUAAUGUGUAGAAAUAAUAAUGUACUAUAUAUUUUAUGAUCCCGUUUGUACAUACACAACAGACAGAUUAAGGCUAUGCAUAUGAUAAAGCUAAGGAAAAGAGGUUAUAGAAUAGUCAUACAUUUCAUUGUUACAUAAUAAAUCAAUGCUAUUUAAUAUUCAUAUAUAAAUUUCAUAAUAUUUAAUACAUUUUUUGUUGUUGUUGUUUUUCUGUCUGCUUUAUUCUAUUCUAUUCAGCCGCUGUCGAUUGCAUUACGUGAUGUGAACAUACUAUAUACAUUUUGCUUAUAUUGUCUGCUUUUGUUUCCUGUGUAAAGCGCGACGAAUAUGUUAAAGUUAUCGUAUAAUUAUAUACAUUAUGCAUAAUUAUAUUCUAUGUUUGAUGCACAUGUUACGUUAAUAAAAUUUUUACUGACUUAUAAAAAGAAAACUAAAAAACUAAUGAAUAUACUUUUUCUGAUACAACUUUGCUUUUUUCAUUUUUUCUAUAUAUAAAAUCAAUAUUUUCUAUAUGAAAACGAUGUAUUUUGUAUAUUUGUGUUUAACUGUAGAUAUGCUUGUUGUUUUUCUUUUUUCAGUGAUCCACAUACUUUGAAUUGAAAAUAUUUUAAGGCUUGGAUAUUUUGCUGCUUGGUGAUGCUUCACAAUUUUUUUAUUUAAUCUACAAACUUGUGUCACUUUGCUUAGUUAAACCGCAGUUGUUUUGUUUAUUUGAAAACAAA